AUGUCUGGUUUACUAAAGUACUCUUUUACUAAAACUAAAGUAAUCAAUAAUGAUAAUAACAUUAAUAAUAGUGAAAUAAAUCCUAAUAUUACCAAACAAAAUAUAGUAACAAACGAAACUAGUCUUGACGAUGAUCAUGGUACUAAAGAAAUGCAAUUUGAGUCUGAUACAGAGUUUCCAGAUUGUUGGGACUUAAAACAAUGUUGGAAAGUAUGUAUAAAACAAAAUUUGCUUGAUCAUAAAGGUUCCCAUGUGUCAUCAGAAUGGAUUAAUGCUGAGGUGUAUCCAUCUGGUUCUAGCUUAGAAAAGAAAAAAACCAACUUACGAAAAAAGAUUGCUAAACACAAAAGUUCUAUUGCUCAUUUAAAUGCCCAAAAAAUCGUUACUGAGUCAGAAAAGAAUGUUAUGGAUGAACAUAUUUUUAAAAUUAAGGCAGCUGAACAUGAAUCUACAGCUAGAAUAUUCCGUACAGCUUAUUCAAUUGCUAAAUAUCAACGUCCCUAUACAGACUUGCCAAAAAUGACUGAUCUUCAAAUAUUAAAUGGGCUUGACAUGGGAAGAGUACUUCAAAUUGAUGAGUCUACUACAUUAAGCAAAAAGUCUAUGCUAGUGAUAUGUUUGCGUUGUGCUGUUGGUGAGCCUGAUGAUAUAUAUACAUUUUUAUUUGAUAUAGUGGAAAUACCUAAUGCUUCAGCUAUGACUAUAAAAGAAUACAUAUUAAAGUCAUUAGUCAAAUUUGGUAUAAAUUAUGAGUUUUUGAAGAAAAAUCUUAUUUCCUUUGUUAGUGAUGGUGCUUCUAACAUGUUGGGUCGUAAAGCAGGCGUUGGUGUGUUAUUACAAAAAAUGUUUCCUAAUAUUAUACUGUGGCAUUGCUGUAAUCAUCGCCUGGAACUAGGAGUGUCUGAUUGUCUUAAAGAAGUAAAUGGAGUUAAUCAUUUUCAAUCAUUUAUAGAAAAUUUAUAUUCAUUAUAUCACAUGUCACCUAAAAAUACAACCGAAUUAAAAGAGUGUGCUAAUUCUUUAGAUAAACAAUUACUAAGAAUUGGUAUUCUUUAUGAUGGUCUUACAGAAUUAUCAGACUUAUCUAUUGAACUUCAAAAGAGAGAUCAAUCAUUUGUAAAUGCUCAUAAAUCUAUUGAGCGAACAAUUAGAGUUUUAAAUUCUAUGGCUAAUACAAAUGGACCAAGAAAUGAAGAAGUAAGUAAUGCAUGUAAAAUACAAAUGUUCAAAGCUAAUAAUUUAAAACAAAGACUGUUUACAACACAAUCAACUAAAGUGUCAUCUGUAGAGAGUAAUGAUCCAUCAAGAGAUAUAUUUAAUAAUUUGUUAGCGGAUUUAGAUAUGAUUUCUCCAAAUAAUUGGCCUGAUAGUUGUGACAUUCAGUAUGGUGAUACAAGCAUACGACGUUUAUCAAAAAUUUUUAAAGUAGAUGAACAAGCUAGUGUACGAGGCUUUCGUGAAUAUAAAGAUUUUCCUUCUUCAUUAAAUGAUAACAUUAAACCACUUAUGAAUGCAGUCAAAACUUUGGCCAUUUCUUCGGCAGAAUGUGAACGAUCAUUCAGUUCAAUGAAUGAAAUUGUUUCCUCCAAAAGAAGUUUACUGACAAGUGACCACAUAUCGUCAUUGGCUUUUAUAAAUUGCACUGGUCCACCAGUCAAUAAUUUUAAACCAUUGCCAUACAUAAAAACUUGGCUAGUAUCUGGAAAAAGAAGUGCUAUCGAAGAAAAUUGCCCUAAAAGAUUAAAAGUUAAUGAUAAAACAUAUAAAUCCAUUUGGUCAUGCUUGGAAAAAUGA